CGAUUGUUUUGCGUUUGUCGAACCUAAUCGUUCGCGUCAGAGGCUACAUACGUGCACACCUGGACUUCAGAAAUCCAAGAAUCGUCCCUCAUUAUUCAAAUCCCCUCCUUCGCCCGACCACAAUUGCUUCAGGCAGGCCUCUUCCACAUCUCCCAGCUUCCCAACUGCUUUUUACAUCCAGUACUUGUAUUGUGCGAAUGAGGACAAUAUCUGUGACAGCGGAAAGGAGGUGACGACCGCACUCGGCUCCUCAGUGGCUAGUGCUUAUUGGGUGAUUGUGCCUUGCUAUGGAGUCUCAACCAGGUUCCGCACAGGCUCAGGUCAGUCAAUCAGAGUAUACUGCCCCCAUAUAUUCCGGCCGUCUAGGUGUAUAUAUCAACUCAUGUCUAUAAUCUCCUCAAUGAAUGGGCAUCGCCCCUUUCCCUGCAUCCAGCUUCCAGUUCACGCCGACCAGUCCUCGAUUAUCCGAUUACUUGUCCUACCUGCUUAGAUGAUGCCAGGCAUGGCCCACAGUAUCACCACGCUAUGCGUCGAUGGGUACCGUGACUCCCAGUUGC